CAAACCCUCCGUGGGAGUCGGCGGGCGGUGCCCCGCCCUCAGGGCCCUGCCCUUUCCUCCCAGACUGGUUGUGCAGGAGCUGGUGAGUGUGGCCAGCCUAGGAGCCUGCGCGGCAGCCGGGGCCUCCCAGAAACUGCCUUUCCUGCCUCCCCGCGCUGGCAGCCCCACCUCGCCAGAGCCCAGCCGACCAGCCAGCGAGGACACAGUCCACUGCCGCCUGCCCUCCACCGGAGCCCAGCCUCGGGCCACACCUGCCUGACGACCAUGUUCAAGGGCUUGAGCAAAGGUUCCCAGGGGAAGGGGUCCCCCAAGGGCUCUCCAGCCAAGGGCUCCCCCAAGGGCUCCCCCAACAAGCACAGCCGGGCUGCCACCCAAGAGCUGGCCCUGCUCAUCUCCCGCAUGCAAGCCAACGCGGACCAGGUGGAGCGGGACAUCCUGGAGACCCAGAAGAGGCUGCAGCAGGACCGGCUGCACGGCGAGCAGAGCCAGGCCCUGCAGCACCAGCGCGAGGUGGGCCGCAGCCUGAAGGAGGCCGAGGUGCUGCUCAAGGACCUCUUCCUAGAUGUGGACAAGGCCCGGCGGCUCAAGCACCCGCAGGCUGAGGAGAUCGAGAAGGACAUCAAGCAGCUGCAUGAGCGGGUGACCCAGGAGUGUGCCGAGUACCGCGCCCUGUACGAGAAGAUGGUGCUGCCGCCCGACGUGGGGCCCCGGGUCGACUGGGCACGUGUGCUCGAGCAGAAGCAGAAGCAGGUCUCGGAGGGGCAGUACGGGCCGGGCAUGGCCGAGCUGGAGCAGCAGGUCGCCGAGCACAACAUCCUGCAGAAGGAAAUCGAUGCCUAUGGGCAGCAGCUGCGGAGCCUCGUGGGGCCGGACGCAGCCACCAUCCGGAAACAGUACCAGGACCUCCUGAAGGCGGCCUCGUGGCGCGGGCAGAGCCUGCGCAGCCUGUACACGCACCUGCAGGGCUGCACGCGGCAGCUGAGCGCCCUGGCCGAGCAGCAGCGCCACAUCCUGCAGCAGGACUGGAGCGACCUCAUGGCCGACCCUGCGGGCGUCCGGCGAGAGUACGAGCACUUCAAGCAGCAUGAGCUGCUGAGCCAGGAGCAGAGCGUGAACCAGCUGGAGGACGACGGCGAGCGCAUGGUGGAGCUCGGGCACCCCGCCGUGGGGCCCAUCCAGGCCCACCAGGAGGCCCUGAAGACAGAGUGGCAGAACUUCCUGAACCUGUGCAUCUGCCAGGAGAGCCAGCUGCAGCACGUGGAGGACUACCGCAGGUUUCAGGAAGAAGCUGACUCAGUUGGCCAGACCCUGGCGAAGCUCAGCUCCAGCCUGGACGCCAAGUACAGCCCGGCCCCGGGGGAAGUCUGUGGUGCUCCCACAGAGCUGCUGCUGCAGCUGGAGGCAGAGGACAAGCAGCUGGCCGUGGCCCAAAGGGCCAUUGGGGACCUGCAACGUCGGAGCCAGGAGGUGGCCCCUCUGCCGCAGCGCAGGAGCCCUCCCCAGCAGCCUCUGCACGUGGACAGCCUUUGUGACUGGGAUGCAGGAGAAGUGCAGCUGCUGCGCGGGGAGCAGUACAGGCUGAUGGACAACACGGACCCACACACCUGGGUUGUGCAGGGCCCUGGUGGGGAGACCAAGAGCGCCCCGGCCGCCUGCUUCUGCAUCCCUGCGCCCGACCCUGAAGCCGUGGCCAGAGCCUCCAGGUUGGCCUCGGAGCUGCAGGCUCUGCAGCAGAAACUGGCCACCGUCCGGAGCCACCUGCAGGCCAGUGCUGUGGAGCCCUCUCGGCCUGGACAGCAGACUGGCUCGGCCUCAGUCGACCCCCAGGCCCAGAAGCUCCUUACCCAAAUGACCCGGCUGGAUGGGGACCUGGGGCAGAUAGAGAGGCAGGUCUCAGCCUGGGCCCGGGCCCCCCUGAGCCGCACCAGCCCGCUGGAGGACCUGCAGGGCCGCAUCCACAGCCACGAGGUGAGUGGUGGCGCCCCCGGGUGUGCACGCACCUCGGGAGAGGAGGGCAGAGCACAGGCAGCCUCUAGGACCCGAGGUGGAGGGGCGCGGACGACACGGCCCGUGGGCCCCGCCGCCCUGCAGCUGCCCGUGGCCCUCAACAGCGUCAAGAACAAGUACAGCGACGUGCAGGUUCUGUGCAGCCUCUACGGGGAAAAAGCCAAGGCUGCCCUGGGUCUGGAGCAGCAAAUCCAGGAGGCAGACAAGGUCAUCCGUGGCUUCGAGUCCACCCUGGCACAAGAAGCCCCCAUCCCGGCGGGCCCCGGGGCGCUGCAGGAGAGGGCCAGCGAGCUGCAGCGGCAGCGCAGGGCGCUGCUGGAGAAGCAGGCCGUCCUGCUGGGGCUGCACCGCGCGCUCAAGGCCUCGGAGCACGCCUGCAGUGCGCUGCAGAACAACUUCCACGAGUUCUGCCAGGACCUGCCACGCCAGCAGCGCCAGGUGCGGGCCCUCACUGACCGCUACCAUGCCGUGGGGGACCAGCUGGACCUGCGGGAGAAGACGGUGCAGGACGCUGGCCUCAGCUACCAGCAGUUCAAGAACUGCAGGGACAACUUGAGCUCCUGGUUGGAGCACCUGCCCCACAGCCAGGUGCGGCCCAGCGACGGCCCCAGCCAGGUCGCCUACAAGCUGCAAGCACAGAAGAGACUGGUGCAAGAGAUCCAGAGCCGAGAGCGGGACAGGGCCGCGGCAUCCCGCCUCUCCCUGGAUCUGCAGGACGCUCUCGAGGACUAUGAGCUGCAGGCAGACACCUACCGCUGCUCCCUGGAGCCCACCCUGGCAGUGUCAGCCUCCAAGAGAGCCCGGGUGGUCCCUCUGCGGGAGAGCAUCCAGGCGGAGGAGAAGAGCCUUGUAAAAGCCUACACGGAGGCUGCAGCUGCACAGCAGCAGCAGCUGCACCAGCUGGAGUUCGCUAGAAAGAUGCUGGAGAAGAAGGAGCUCAGUGAGGACAUCCAGGUGACCCGUGAUGCAAAGCAGGGGUCUGAGAGCCCAGCUCAAGCACACAGAGAGUCAGAGGCCCUGAAGGCCCAGCUGGAGGAGGAGAGGAAGCGGGUGGCACAGGUGCAGCGCGAGCUGGAGGAGCAGCGGAAGCAGUUGCUGCAGCUGAGGACCCAGCGACCCCUGGAGAGGCUGGAGGAGAAGGAAGUGGUGGAGUUCUACCGGGACCCCCAGCUGGAGAGCAACCUGGCCAGGGCGAAGGCCCAGGUGGAGGGGGAGGUUAAGAGGCGGGCUGGCCUGCAGGCAGACCUAGAGGUGGUGGCUCAGAAGGUCGUAGAACUGGAGAGCGCAAGGAGGUCCAUACAGCCUCACCUGCUGACCAAGGAGGUCACGCAGAUUGAGAGGGAUGCCAGCCUGGACAGCCAGGCCACCCAGCUCCGUAGUGAGAUCCAGCAGCUUGGGAAGGAAAACACCGUCGUCUCAGCCCAGCUGGAAGAGCUCAAGAAGGAGCUGCUGGCUCUUGAGAAGAAGGAGGUGGACGUGAAGGAGAAGGUCGUGGUGAAAGAGGUGGUCAAGGUGGAGAAGGAUCUGGAGAUGGUCAAGGCAGCCCAGGCUCUGAGACUGCAGAUCGAGGAGGAUGCUGCACGCAGAAAACGGGCAGAGGAGGCCACGGCCAAGCUCAGGGUCCACAUCGAAGACCUGGAGCGGGCCAUCAGCUCGGUGGAGCCCAAGGUCAUCGUGAAGGAGGUGAAGAAGGUAGAGCAGGACCCGGGCCUUCUCCAAGAGCUGUCCAGGCUGAGAAGCCUCCUCGAGGAGGAGAGGAAGAAGAAUGCGGCGCUGGCCAGGGAGCUGAAGGAACUGCACAGCAAGCACAGCGUGGUGGAGAAGCAGCGGCCCAGAGUGCAGCUGCAGGAGCGCGUGCACGAGAUCUUCCAGGUGGAUCCCGAGACGGAGCAAGAGAUCACACGGCUGCGGGCUGCGCUGCAGGAGACUGCCGGCAAGAGGGGCAGCGUGGAGAAGGAGGUGGAGAGGCUGCGGCCCGACCUGGAAAUCCUGCGGGCCCAGAAGCCCACGGUAGAGUACAAAGAGGUGAUCCAGGAGGUGGUGAGGCAUGAGAAGAACCCGGAGGUGCUGCGUGAGAUUGACCGCCUGAAGGCUCAGCUGAACGAGCUGGUCAACGCCAACGGGCGCUCCCAGGAGCAACUCAUCCGGCUGCAGGGGGAGCGCGACGAGUGGAAGAGGGAGCGGUCCAAGGUGGAGACGAAGACGGUGAACAAGGAGGUGGUGCGCCGCGAGAAGGACCCGGUCCUGGAGAAGGAGGCCGAGCGGCUCCGCCAGGAAGUGCGGGAAGCAGCCCAGAAGAGGCGGGCUGCCGAGGACGUGGUCUAUGAGCUGCAGAACAAGUUCCUGCUGCUGGAGAGGAGGAAGCCCGAGGAGAAGGUGGUGGUGCAGGAGCUGGUGGUCACGCAGAAGGACCCAAAGCUGCAUGAGGACCACAGCCGGCUGAGUCGGAGCCUGGACGAGGAGCUGGGCCGGCGGCGGCAGCUGGAGCGGGAAGUGCAGCAGCUGCGGGCCGUGGUGGAGGAGAAGGAGGGUCUGCUCAGCUUCCAGGAGGACCGUGACAAGAAGCUGGCGGUGGAGAGAGAGCAGCGGCAGCUGACCCUGAGGAUCCAGGAACUCGAGAAGCGGCCUCCCGCGGUGCACGAGAAGAUCGUCAUGGAGGAAGUGGUCAAGCUGGAGAAGGACCCGGACCUGGAGAAGUCCACAGAAGCCCUGCGGCGGGACCUGGACCAGGAGAAGACCCGGGUGAUGGAGUUGCAUCGGGAGAGCAAGAGCCUGCAGGUCCAGAUCGACGUCCUCCAGAAAACCAAGUCUCAGGGGAAGACCAUCUACAAGGAGGUGAUCAGGGUGGAGAAGGACCGGGUGCUAGAGGGUGAGCGGGCCCGGGUAUGGGAGACCCUCAGCAGGGAGCGUGCAGCCCGCCAGGGCCGGGAGGAGGAGGUGCGGCGCCUGCACGAGCGCAUCGACAGGGCCGAGGCGCUGGGGAGGACCUGGGCCCAGGAGGAGGAUCAGCUGCAGAAGUCCCGGGAGCAGGCGGACCAGGAGGUCGGGUGGCUGCGGCAGGAGGUACGGGAGCUGGAGAGGCAGAAGCAGCAGAGGGCGUUGGAGCUGCAGGAGGAGGCGAAGCUGCUCAGCCAGAAGACAGAGAGCGAGCGGCAGAAGGCGGCCCAGCGGGGCCAGGCGCUCUCGCAGCUGGAGGAGGCCAUCCUCCAUGAGAAGGACCAGAUAUACGAGAAGGAGAGGACCCUCCGGGACCUCCACUCCAAGGUGAGCCGGGAGGAGCUGAGCCAGGAGACCCAGACGCGCGAGACCAACCUCUCCACCAAGAUCUCCAUCCUGGAACCCGAGACCGGGAAGGACUUGUCCCCAUAUGAGGCCUACAAGGGGGGCAUCAUCGACCGAGGCCAGUACCUGCAGCUGCAGGAGCUCGAGUGUGACUGGGAGGAGGUCACCACCUCGGGCCCCUGUGGGGAGGAGUCUGUGCUCCUGGACCGCAAGAGCGGGAAGCAGUACUCCAUCGAGGCCGCGCUCCGCUGCCGGCGCAUCUCCAAGGAGGAGUACCACCUGUACAAGGACGGCCGCCUCCCCAUCUCCGAGUUUGCCCUGCUCGUGGCCGGGGAGACCAAGCCCUCCUCCUCGCUCUCCAUCGGCUCCAUCAUCUCCAAGUCCCCACUUGCCUCCCCGACCCCCCAGAGCAGCUUCUGCUUCUCCCCUGGCUUCUCACUCGGGCUCGGGGGUGACAGCUUCCCCAUCGCCGGCAUCUACGACACAGCCACAGACAACAAAUGCAGCAUCAAGACGGCUGUGGCCAAGAACAUGCUGGACCCCAUCACGGGGCAGAAGCUGCUGGAGGCGCAGGCAGCCACGCGCGGCAUCGUGGACCUCCUCAGCCGUGAGCGCUACUCCGUGCACAAGGCCAUAGAGAGGGGGCUGAUUGAGAACACCUCCACGCAGAGGCUGCUCAACGCCCAGAAGGCCUUUACCGGCAUCGAGGACCCAGUCACCAAGAAGAGGCUGUCCGUGGGCGAGGCUGUCCAGAAGGGCUGGAUGCCCCGGGAAAACGUGCUCCCCCACCUACAGGUGCAGCACCUGACCGGGGGCCUCAUCGACCCCAAGCGGACAGGCCGCAUCCCCAUCCCACAGGCUGUGCUCUCCGGGAUGAUCAGUGAAGAGCUGGCCCAGCUCCUGCAGGACGAGUCUGGCUACGAGAAGGAUCUGACAGACCCCAUCUCCAAGGAGCGGCUAAGCUACAAGGAGGCCAUGGGGCGCUGCCGCAAAGACCCCCUGAGUGGCCUGCUGCUCCUCCCAGCUGCGCUGGAGGGCUACCGCUGCUACCGCCCCGCGUCCCCCUCUGUGCGCCGCCUGGGCUGAUGGGGCGAGCCGUGUGGGGGCGCUGGGGGGAGAAAGCACGCACACCUUGUCCCCCAGAGCAGUCGAGGUUGCAGAGGGCCUUCCGCAUCCGGCCACUGUUCUAUUACUCAAUAUUCAGGUGACGGGCCCCCUCCCCUCCCCUUGGUGCCUGCCCCACGCCCAGACCAAGAGGUCCCGGCUCCUUUUCCUUCCUCCCUCCUCCCCCACCCAGUGCGCCCAAUAAAGUGAUCCUCCCAGCACCGUCUUGUCCAGGUGGGAACUUGGGCUCCUUCCCAGAGGGAGUGGACGUGCCCAACUCGCCUGCCUGGGACCUGGGGUGUUCCCAGAGGGCGCUGUCCCCACCA